UAUCAGAUUUGCACCCUCCCUACUUGCCUCUUCUCUUCUCACCAUAUCCAAAAAACGCGUAAGAUUCAUGAUUCAACAUUUCACAACAUCUCCAUAAUUGAACAUCGACCUACUUCCUUCCUAGUAGCGGUUGCAUGGAUACUUUCUAGCAUGGCACGGAUCCCCAAAUCCUUCUACCCCUGCCUAAACUCAUCAUCAUCUUCUCUCAUUGGUCCACUUUUGGAUUCCAGAUUCACACAUCGAACAUUUCAACUCAAACUUCACUAAGGGUCUAAUAAGGGAGAGAAGUCAGAAAAGUCAAUCUUUAAUCUUCUCUCCCCUUUCCGCUUGUUUAACUGCACCAAGCCCAACCUGGGGCAUUAUGGAUGCAGUCACAAAACCUUUGAUUUCCCUCAUUCGACAAUUUAUUUCUCAAUACAGAUAUUACACUUGUUCUUUUCAUCUCCUUUUCAUUAAAUAUACUUUCUCUACAGAGAAUCUUUCGUAUCUUUGACUUACAUAAUUCACCUUCACUCCUUCUAUCCAACUCUCAAUAUCCAAAGCUUAAAAUUCGGAAAUAGCUCUCUGCAAUUUACGAACUGUCAAGCUAUCCAUUCACUUCUUCAUGGCUUUCCGUUGAGAUAAGCCUUUCAAGUUGCGUCCAGCAAUUAUCUCACGCAAAUCUUCCAUCGAUACGCGCACGAACACUCUCUAACCAACCAACAUAUUCACCUACAACAUGGCAAAAAGGAAUUGGACAAAAUCAUGCUGUGGAGUCUUGAACAGCAUUCUAGCAGCGCUGGCAUUGUAUGGGACUCUAUACCUAGCAGUACUCAUCUUCGAAAGAGGUGCUCUUCCAAAAUCGCCAUCUGAACUCUACAAGAAACCCUCUCAUGGAUCGUCUUCUGAACAUGGUUCUGCACCUGUGCCCCCUCCACCCGCAACACUACAUAUCGAAAAGAUCAAUCCACAUGCAAAUUGGUUCAACAGACCAGAGAGUUUGGUUACUCCAAAGGAUGACUAUUUGGGAAAACGACCACACAUCGAUACGGUUGCGAACCUAACAAAAUUAGUGGAAGAAUGCAGAGGAUCAUACAACAAAUUUGAGAAAAUGCCAUAUGUUUUCGACUGUUUAAAUUAUAUGAAUGAGGGCGAGAAGGAAUAUUAUUACAUGCCAGCACAAGGAGAACGAGCAAGCGAGCAGCCCCCCAAGUUGGCCGAGUAUCUCAAUUCAGAUGGUCGGGAUAACUCCUUGGCUCAGUACCCAUCGCAGAAAGCUUACUCAAAGUCAUCAUCUGGUCAAUGUAAUGGGCCAAUUGUACCAUAUCACACUUACUGGACUGGCCCUGCGACUUGGAGAGUGGAGCUUUUUAUAAAAAGCUACUUUUACACGCAAAAUCUUCCUUGCUCAAGGUUAUUCAUAUGGCUAGAUGGAGACAGGGACCCAAAUGCAAUCGACAAGUUUAUGACCCGGGACCCUCUCUUCGAAAAGUUUGUUCCAUUCGUCGAAAGGGGGGACAUAACUCUGAAAUUGUGGAACUUUCCCUCAAGAAUACCGCUACCACCUGGAGAUAACACGGAUGGACGUGGAUAUUACAAAAAUCCAGGAAAGCCCAACGCAAAAGGCGAGGUUCUGGUAGCAGAUGGACUUAUCCGAGAUUCAAACGAUCAGGAAUGGUUGAUAUUGACAGAGAAGCAAAUGACAUUCUUGCCGGUUGCAGUUUCAGAUGCCAUGAGAUUUGUUGUUUUGCACAUAUAUGGAGGAUCUUAUUAUGAUAUGGAUGUUAUCAUGCUACGAGAUAUGCGACCGUUACUCAUUGGGGAUGAACAUUCAUUUGCAGAACGUUGGGGAGGGCAUUCCAGUCCUGGUGACUAUAACACUGCGGUGAUGUCUCUAACGGCCAAUUCUUCUUUGUCCUCUUAUCUUCUACGAGGUGGCGUGAGAAUGGGAUUAAACUUUCAUCCUCGAAUCAUUGGUGUUAUGGCUGUAAAGGAUGGUCGAAAUCAAGAAUUCAACAUGUUGGAGACAGCCGCUUUCGACCCGAUCUGGACUGAAUUCAACUGGGAUAGGUUAGGAAGAUGUACAGUUCCAUGUAUCAAAGAUUACGGACAAGUGUUUAAAGGAAAGAAUGCUUUCCCAAAUCAUGAUGAAUGGGAAAGCUAUGAUGGAACACAACUGAAGCUAGCCUCGGAGACCACAUCAAAACAUGUCUGGGAAAUGAGGUCCAUUGAGGAAGCAGAAGUUGAGAAGCGUGAAGUUGCAACCGAACGAGCAACAACGGGAAAUGGUCUCGAAAUGGUGACUGUUGAUCGAGCAGCAUUAAGCAAAGCCGAGUACAAAUUGGAAGAGGACAAAUAUCCACCUACAAAUCGAACCCUGGAGAAUUUCUUCCGAGGCGCAUGGACAUAUCAUAUUCACAACCAGUGGCGCAAAAAUCCUGAACCAUCAUCAUGGCUUAAUGUCAUUCAAAGAGCGCAAGAUGGUUUCUUCUCUGGUUCACGUACCAAUCCAUACGGCGAGACAUGGCAAGGUCUUGAAUUACCUGCAUACGAAAUAUCUUGGGAAUACGCAUAAACUACCCGACAUGGAUAUUCCAUGAAUAUCAACACCCAAGAUGGGUUCUUCAACGCCAUCUUAUGAACAACACAGUAAAUGUGUGUAUGAAGUCAAUGUUAAAAAUAAAAUAAAGCAUUUAAUUGGUGGGCGCAUACACAUAUACUCGGAUUUGAGUAAUGGUACAUAUAUACACGGGGCAAGGGCAUACAAUUGUGCAUAGCGGGCGUUUGAUGUAUUCGUACAUUCGUUUUUGGAUCUUUUUUACUCCAUGGAUCGGGGUACGGCAAUGGAGUUUACAUAUGGAGUUAUCACAUGGAGACGUACAUAUAUAGAAAAUAUAUGAGACAGGUUGGGAUUCAGCAAUGCUGUGGGAAUUUAGCAGUAGGGAGAAGAACGGGUGGCGAUUUGUAUCUACUGGCUACCUAUCUCGCAUUGUAUCAUAUGUAAGGGGUUGAAUGGAUUGAGAUGGGAUGGGGUGUUACUUGAACAUUGCGGGUAGAAUUUUUGAAGAAGUUAUAUACCCUUGAGUAUCUUGUAGGAAAUAUUAAGACAUAUGCAAAUGAAAUGAGAACAGAAACCAAAUGGUAU